AUGGGAGACCUGAUCGGGGGAGAUUCCAGAACAUUGGAGAGUGGCUGGAGGCCGGGCUCCCGGCCGGGAGGGGGCAGUGUGCCGGGAGGCCGGGCUCCGGUAUCGGGAGGGGGCGGUGUGCCGGGAGGCCGGGCUCGGGGCCGGGAGGGGGCAGUGUGCCGGGAGGCCGGGCUCCGGUAUCGGGAGGGGGCGGUGUGCCGGGAGGCCGGGCUCGGGGGCAGUGUGCCGGGAGGCCGGGCUCCGGUAUCGGGAGGGGGCGGUGUGCCGGGAGGCCGGGCUCCCGGCCGGGAGGGGGCAGUGUGCCGGGAGGCCCGGCUCGGGGCCGGGAGGGGGCAGUGUGCCGGGAGGCCGGGCUCCGGUAUCGGGAGGGGGCGGUGUGCCGGGAGGCCGGGCUCCGGUAUCGGGAGGGGGCGGUGUGCUGGGAGGCCGGGCUCGGGAGGCGGCGGUGUGCCGAGAGGCCGGGCUCGGGGGCGGUGUGCCGGGAGGCCAGGGCCGGGAGGGGGCGGUGUGCCGGGAGGCCGUGCUCCGGGCCGGGAGGGGGCGGUGUGCCGAGAGGCCGGGCUCGGGGGCGGUGUGCCGGGAGGCCAGGGCCGGGAGGGGGCGGUGUGCCGGGAGGCCGUGCUCCGGGCCGGGAGGGGGCGGUGUGCCGGGAGGCCGGGCUCGGGGGUGGUGUGCCGGGAGGCCAGGGCCGGGAGGGGGGGCGGGAGGGGGCGGUGUGCCGGGAGGCCGGGCUCGGGGGUGGUGUGCCGGGAGGCCAGGGCCGGGAGGGGGCGGUGUGCCGGGAGGCCGGGCUCGGGGGCGGGAGGGGGCGGUGUGCCGGGAGGGGAGGCCAGGGCCGGGAGGGGGCGGAGUGCCGAGAGGCCGGGAGGGGGGCGGGCUCGGAGGCGGUGUGCCGGGAGGCCGGGCUCGGGGCCGGUGUGGCGGGAGGCCGGGCUCGGGGCCGGGAGGGGGCGGUGUGGCGGGAGGCCGGCCUCGGGGCCGGUGUGGCGGGAGGCUGGGAGGGGGCGGUGCGGUGGGAGGCCGGGAGGGGGCGGUAUGGCGGGAGGCCGGGCUCGGUGCCGGGAGGGGGCGGUGUGGCGGGAGGCCGGGCUCGGGGCCGGGAGGGGGCGGUGUGGCGGGAGGCCGGGCUCGGGGCCGGGAGGGGGCGGUGUGGCGGGAGGCCGGGCUCGGGGCCGGGAGGGGGCGGUGUGCCGGGAGGCCGGGCUCGGGGCCGGGAGGGGGCGGUGUGGCGGGAGGCCGGGCCGCUGGUUACGGGGCCCGGAGCCGGGACUGAGUCUCUGA